GUAGACCUUAAAAUGAGCCAUUGACCAUCAAAAUGGAGUCUACAGAAGAGGAAUUCUACAACAUAUGCCUCAACCUGACCACCGAAGAUUUCUAUCUACAAUGCAACUAUUCGGACUACGACAGUUCAGAACUGCUGGAAAAAGUUGUGUCAAAAGUUGUACCAAUCUUCUUCGGAUUUAUCGGAAUAGUCGGUCUAGUUGGAAAUGCUUUGGUAGUCCUAGUUGUUGCUGCUAACCCUGGCAUGAGAUCAACGACGAACCUUCUGAUAAUCAAUUUAGCCGUAGCUGAUUUACUUUUCGUUAUAUUCUGCGUGCCCUUCACAGCAACGGACUAUGUCAUGCCAAGAUGGCCCUUUGGCGAUUGGUGGUGCAAGGUCGUCCAAUACUUUAUCGUUGUUACAGCACAUGCUUCCGUCUAUACACUAGUCCUGAUGUCCUUGGAUAGAUUCAUGGCUGUGGUACAUCCUAUAGCUUCCAUGUCAAUAAGGACAGAAAAGAAUGCUCUACUAGCAAUAGCCUGUAUAUGGGUCGUUAUAUUGACGACGGCAAUUCCAGUUGGAAUCUGUCACGGAGAAAGAGAAUACUCAUACUUCCAUAGAAACCAUUCUUCGUGUGUUUUUUUGGAGGAACAGGGAUAUAGCAAGUUAGGGUUCCAGAUGUCGUUCUUCCUGUCGUCUUAUGUGAUUCCAUUGGCGUUGAUAAGUGUUUUGUACAUGUGUAUGCUCACUAGAUUGUGGAGAAGUGCUCCCGGAGGGAGGGUGUCUGCGGAGAGCCGGAGGGGAAGGAAGAAGGUGACCAGAAUGGUCGUGGUGGUCGUCGUCGUGUUUGCUGUAUGCUGGUGUCCCAUUCAGAUAAUCCUGCUUGUGAAGGCGCUGGGUGCUUACAAUGUCACUUACAUAACGGUGACCGUGCAGAUCGUGUCACAUGUCCUCGCCUACAUGAACAGCUGCGUUAAUCCAGUUCUGUAUGCUUUUCUCUCAGAAAACUUCAGGGUCGCAUUUAGAAAGAACACAGUAAUCCUCACAUUACUAGAGCUUAUUUGGGACGAAAGAGCAGACGCCGAGCCGUCGGACGUCUUAGGUACCGCUGGAGCGAUGAAGUCCAGAAAGACUUCAAGGAACUGGAAGGAGCAGUCUCAGAACCAGGAGGCGUGGCAGAGUCACAAGUAA